AUGUUGUACGAGUUGUCGGAUGCGAUGAGAGGCCGUUGGCACGGAGCCGAGAAAUUCACCACCGUCUUCCGUACGGGACCGAACGGAUCAAUUGAGUUCGAUUUUAGCGCAAUUCCGUCAACGCGAUGCUUGUUCGAUUUAGUUUCUCAAACUUAUAUUAUGUCAAGUGCUAUAUCCAGAGAACGGGGUAAGUCGAAGCCGUACACUCAAGAUGCUUUGAAUGUUGGCGCUUCGCACCAUGCUGGUGCUGCUUCAAUGCCGAUGGGCGCACCUCAGCCCUCUUUUGCUACCCCUACUAUUCAGAAUAUUCCAGCGCCACAACAAGAAUACGAUAUGACAAGUCCCACAAUGUGUUUACCGGUGGGCACAACGAUACAUCCGAUGGGAUACGGUAUGUCGUUUCUGCAGCACGGCGGCCAUUACGUGGCGAGGCCAGGCAAUGCUCCGCCAACACACAUGCGAGCCCAACCACCACAACAGUACUACCAACCGCAGCAGAUGUACGUACAACAACAACAGUUUUUUCCUGGGCCACAAUAUCGACAACCUGGAAUGGAUUAUGAUCCACAUGCAGCAACAAUGAGCACAAUGUAUAUGGGUCAACAAAUAACGCAUCCAGCACCAAUACCUAUGCAAGCUCCACCACAGCAAAUACAGCAACAACGGAAUAAAAGUGCACGUGCUGAUGCAGCAUCAGAAGCGAAAAAGGAUGAUACGAAAGGGCGGAAGGAUAUAGAUGAAACUGAACAAAAGAAGUCGGAAGUGAUGCGGCAAUUUACUCGACAACUUCAAGAACGGAAUGAAAUGGAUCAAGCAGAGUCAGCAGCAGCAGCCACAUCAACUCCCUCUUCAACAAAAUCAAAUUCAGUUCCACCCGAACCUCCUGCCGAGGCAGCAUCCAGUUCACCACCCCCUACAGAAGAAACAAAACCUAUAGAGAAGGAACCCACACCGGAAGUUCCAGAACCUCCGACGGAAGAACCUGCACCAGAAGCAAAGCCGGCUGAGAAGGAAGCUGAGCCAACUUCUGAUGAGCCUGCACUCGCCGUCGAAAGUGUAGCAGAUGUAGUCGUCGAAGAUUCGGAAGCUGCUGCCGAACAUCCGGAACCUAGCACGACAGCAGAAGAGGAGAUUACGCCACCAGUUGAAGAGGAAGAGAAUGCUCAUUCAUCAGCGGCCGCUACUCCUGAACUUCCUACCGAAGAACCCGAAGAUGAGAGCACCAAAUCCGAGCUAGCACCACCGGAGACCGUCACAUCCGCAACAACAGUCACUACGGACCAACCGUCUGUUGCCGACAUAGAACCGGAGGAGUCUUCAGUGGAUGCUGUUGACACACCGGAUGCUCCAACACCAGAUACCGAAGAAGAGGAGAGGCGUAAAGCUGAGGAGGAGGAAGAAAGGAGACGACUGCGUGAAACUGAACUCGAUGCUCAGCUGCAGUUACUAGAAGCAAAUCCAGCCGAAGUUGACAAAGAGAAUUUGAUCUAUGGAAGGGCAUUCUUAUAUUGCGUUAGGGAUAUUGAAAAGGAGUUCAAACGAUGCCCAUGCCCACUUAGCCAUGAUAAAAUUGUUCAACUAGGCAUUGAUCUAAAUUCGAUGCCAAAGGGGAGCGACAACAAGAAGCAGCACAACUUUAUUCCACCAUGGAUGAACCCGUCUCGACAAUCGAACAAACCCUCGAACCGGCCGUAUGGUGGUCGAUAUUCUCAUAACGACCAUCGUGGUGGCAAAGGCGGUGGGAACAAGAAGUUCCCUCCGUCGGCUAGGCCAUCGAUCGAACGAAAUAUCGAACGAGCUAUCCCGCUACACAAAGCUGAACAUGCAUGGAAAGCUGAGAAGAUCCGACCGGAAGAUCUGGAGAAGGAGGAAGCCAGGGUCAAGCUGUUGCUGAAGAAUGUUCGAUCUUUGAUGAACAAAAUUACUCCGACUACAAAGGACGAACUGAUAAGGGAGUUCCUCUCCUACAAUGUCUCGUCAAGCCAAGAACAGCUGACCUCUGUGAUCAAUAUUAUCUUCGAUAAAGCCGUUGAAGAACCGAAAUUCUGUCCAAUCUAUGCCGAAGUUUGCAAACAACAGGUUGACAAAGAGCUUAAAGAAAAUUCAAAGCUUUCAUUAUGUCGUAAUGCACUUCUCAAUCGAGCUCAGGAAACGUUCGUUAACAAGACAUGGGAAGAGGAGCGAAAUGUGAAGGUGAAAGCAAUCGAUGAUGAAGAGGAUCCAAAGAAGAAGCUCCAAAUGCAGCUUGAUUUGCAAGAGGCCGAUAACAAAUUCCGGCGGAGAAAGUUUGGAAAUAUUACGUUCAUCGGACAAUUGUACCGCCAAUCUCUUUUAUCAACAAAGAUCGUGCAAUGGUGUUUGUUUGACUUGAUCAAGCACUCACACCGAAAUCCUGACACAGGAAAGCUUCCCGAGCCUCCAUUCGAUGAGGAAUCUCUCCAAUGCGCUAUUCAACUGAUUGAAAGUCUUGGAAAGCAACUCGAUAUGUCUACUCCGGAAUUUAACGGAAAGGAGUACCUCGACCAAACGUUGAAACAUCUUGAAUGUAUAUCAGGAAUGUGCACUAACAAAAUUAGGUUUAUGAUAAUGAAUGUUAUUGAACUACGACAAAAUCGGUGGAUACCCCGGAAAGGUGUUGACCAGGGACCGAAGAAGAUCGCCGAGAUUCAUAAUGAAAUCAAGAGAGAGCAGAUGGAGAACCAACUGCAACGGGAUCAGUAUGAUAGAAAAUUGCGAACGGGAGGAAGCACUUCACAACACGGUCGAAAUCCACCUGUCGCUCGAAAUUCUCUUGACAAUAGAUUUGGAGGCGGAGCGAAAGGAGGAGAUCGACGGUCUAUUGCAGCGUCGAAAGCCAAACAGACCCCAUCGAGUGUUCAACCGAAGAGUGUUAGUUUGUUAUUAAAGGGUGACAACUCAUUAGGAGGUGCUAGAAAAACAUGGCAUCAAGGAUCAGGUGGUGGUGGCAACUCCUCCACCACAGAAACGGCAAAGGCUGGUUGGCAAAAGCCUGGACGAGAAGAAGCGCAACGAAAGAACUCCGGCGUAGAUGAGCGAGCAGCCUCAUUAGCAGCUGCUAAAACGAUAUGUUCCGGGAAAACUGAGUCUACACCGGAGACAGACUCCGAAGAGGUGAAAGCUUUGCGCGAAGAGAAAUAUCAAAAGAUCGGUAAAGAGGUUGGCGCUGUUUUGGAAAGUUAUGACGAAGGGGAUAUGAAACUUGAGGAGUGCGUGGAAGACAUCACUAAAAUAGUAAACAGUGAAAAGUACGGAUGUCCAAGUGUUAACGAAGUGUUCUACCGGUUUACGGAAUAUGCCGUCGAAAAGGUCCGGAAACCGCAACUUCCUAAACUUGGACACAUGUUAUGCCUUGCGUUGCAGACUCCUGAGACAAAACAGGAGGCUUUGGCAGGAAUGGCACGAUACUGCGCAUUGGCUGUCGAGGCUGAGAUGUGGAUGGAUAUUCCUGACAUCUGGUGCAAAUUAGCCGAUCUGCUGGUAAACGCUGUGUACUGUGAUCCCAAUUUAACGUCUGGCUCUCGACCGUCCUUCAAGGAUUUCACGAAUGUGUUCAUAGAAGCUUCAAAAGAUGACCGAAAAGACAAGUCAUUUGAGCUGCUGGUUAUUUCAUUGAGACGAAUGACGGAGAUGAACGCAAAAGUAGAUGCACACGAUCACGCGACGAUGUCUUCGUUUGUGUAUCAGGAUGAGGUUUUGCCAUCCCUCCAAAAUAUCGAUCGGGUUAAGUUGGAUAAUGCAUUACGGGCGUGCCGACCCGAAGUGCCUGGAUUCGAAGACCUGUACGCGGUGUUACAUCAUCAUUAA